UGCAUUCGGUGCUAAGGCGCUUGCAGCUUGAAGAUAAAGGGUCCCGUUUCGUGUCGUUGCAUGCUAUUCAUUGCCCGUCAAUGUUCUCUUCAGCAAGUGACUGUACGAUUACUCAAUCCAAUUAUCUUCGCUAUAUGCGUACUCGAAACUUCCGGAUUCUCAUUCGGAAAAUCAACUGACGUUUGCACUGGCACUGCUGCCAGGAGUGCUCGGGAAUAUGGAUACCUCACAGAUCCGAUGACCCUCUUAAUCACCAUGCCCCCCACAACUCCAUACACCUGCUUCAACUGGAUCAUGUGCUUUAUUGGACUUCUGCUUUACUUGGGAGAUAUCUGCACUGACAUCUGGGUGGCGGUUAAGUAUCUUACGAGGGGCUACGUUCUUUGGUUCGCCUUGACGCUUACCUUUGUGUUGCUUUCCACGGUCAUCAUCCAAGUUUUCAGCUACUUCUGGUAUCGGGACGACAGUGGCAGUGACAGCGGCGCAGCGGAAUCGUGUGCUUUAAUUGGGCUGCAUUUUUGUCAGCUAGGAAUUUUUACAAGGUACAAGGAACUACUUAAGAAUGGAUAUAGAGAAAUCAAAGGGAAGCAACCAUGUUCAACAGAAGAAAGUGCAAGUGAAAUUUGGGGAAUGACUGCAGACAUCAGCAUGUUGAAAUUGUUUGAAACUCACUUGGAGAGUGUUCCUCAACUCAUCCUGCAGCUGUAUAUCUACUUGGAACACAAAGAAAAAAUGACCAUUCAGUAUUUGACACUGACAAUGUCAUUCUUCAGUAUUGCUUGGAGCGCUGUGGACUAUCAGAGAUGCUUGCGGAGAUCCCUGCCAAACAAAAAGGAGAUAUCUCAUGUGCCAUCUAUCACUGUGUACCUACUGUAUAAGAUGUUUACCAUCACCUCUCGAGUACUAAGCUUUGUGCUGCUGACUAUAUUCAAUGCCCACUCCACAUUGGCACUUUUUGGGAUCACAUGGUUAUGUACUUUCAUUUGGGCUUGGAAACAGCAGACAGACUUUUGCACCUCACGUGGUUUAGAGGUGUUCUACCGAAUAAUAAUUGGUGCAAUCUUGGUGUUUACAUUUUUUAACAUUAAAGGUCAAAGCACACAAUCAUCAAUGAUUUGCUAUUAUGCUGUAUCAUUUUGUGAAACAUUAUGUAUCGUGAUCCUGUGCACAUGUUGGUACCCUCCUCUUACUGUGUUUUCAUUUUUUUUACCCAUUUGUAUUGUUAUGUUUGUAUUUUUUUUCCUUGGAAUUAUAUUUCUUUUAAUGUAUUACCUUGCUUUACAUCCUAAUAAACAACCAUCGGCACAAUUUGAUGAAGUUGAUGGAACACAACGUUCAUCAGCACAAUUUGAUGAGGUUGAUGGAGCACAUUCGAGAAUUGCCUCUCGAAUAAAUACUUUUCUGCAAUGAAAAUAAUGUAAAAAAUGUGUACAGUUACGAAUAAUAAUUUUGUUUACCUCAUAUUUUGUAUA